UCGCUUCAGCAGCACAACACAGACCAAGAAACAAAAAUCCUUAAACAUGUUCAAAUUGGUGGUGUUGUCUGCUCUUCUUGCCGUAGCUGUCGCUCGUCCCGGUCAUCUUUAUGAGUCCCCCUUGGUUUAUGCCGCUCCAGCUGCCACAACCAUUGUCCAGGAGCCAGUUCUGGCCAAAGUGGGUGCAGUGGUGAACAGCAUUCCCACCUCCGUCUCCCACCAGAGCCAGUCGGUGGUGCACAGCCAUUCCCAUGUGGUGGAGGACAUCGUGGCCCCGGUGGUGAAGUCCACUCCAGUGGUCAGCUAUGCCGCUGCUGCCCCAGUGGUGCACACCUCCUAUGCUGCCGCUCCCGUUGUCCACACCAGCUACGCUGCUGCUGCUCCAGUCGUCCAAACCACUUACGCCGCUGCUGCCCCGGUGGUGCACACAUCCUAUGCCGCCGCAUCUCCCGUCGUCUACAACUCCAGCUGGUAAUCGGGAGAUCUGCACUUUUGGGGGCUCAUUCGAGCGAUCUGGAUGGUUAGAAAAAAGCGAUUCCUUUUGUAUAUAAACGAGUUUAAUUGCGAGUAAAAUGUGAUUGUUAAAGAAAA